UGGCAGUGGAUCACCACCCGCUGGUCCUCCUGCACCACCUGCUGGCAAUGGAUCACCACCUGCUGGUCCUCCUGCACCACCUGCUGGCAAUGGAUCACCACCUGCUGGCAGUGGAUCGCCACCUGCUGGACCUCCUUCACCACCUGUUGGCAGUGGAUCACCACCAGCCGGAACUGCACCACCACCAUCUGGAACUGCACCACCAGCGGCCGGCACCCCACCAGGAGGAGCAUCAUCAUCCGAGUGCCCAGCAAAUCUGCCCGAGUCUUAUGAGGUAUCAUGCAACCAUUGUUCUUUCAUGCCAUGCACGUACUGAUCCAGUAUCCAGUUUCCACACUACAUCAAGCCAGUCUCCUCACUGCAGCCGAUGCAAUCGUAUGGCAAUUCGUUCAAUGGUUCAGCAGGCGCCGGCAUCUCGUCAAUCUUCAACUUCGAUAUCCCUGCCUCGUACGAAGGCCGUCUCUGCAACAUCAAGUUCUUGUUCCCGGAGCAACAACAGCUGCAGACGUCUGCAUACUCGUUUAGCAAGGGUGAUGGCUUCAAGUUUGCAACACUCGAAGGUCCUGCAACAGAGGACACCACAUUUGCCAAUGCUCCCAAAGAGACGACCGAUUGCGGCACAUUCGACAUGACCCCAGGGAACGCGUACGAUAUCGCGUCCAUGGAAUGCCCUGCAGGGGACAAACUCGCAGUGUCAAUGGAAGCCAUGGGGUCUUCCCACCUGGACUACUUUCAAGAUUACAACCCGUGCCCUAUCGGCAUGUACAUCAUGGCACACUAAUGUUUGGGCGGAACGUGUGUAAGCACUUGAAGGCGUACCCUAAUGGUCCUGAUUGACCGCGUUGCGGCGAUGGAGUGCCUUAACCCUGGAAGAUAUCUCUGUUCUUGUUCGAUACAUAAUGCUGUAGCAUAAUGCAUAUUCACAUACGAGCACGUUUCCGCGGAGUUCCACUUGGAUUGGUUCUUGUGACAGGAUGGCAGUAUAGCAUAUUGACUGCAAACGAUGGACAUUGGCACAGUCUGGGGCGAGAAGGCAAUAACCAUGGAUGCGGUGGUUUGGUUGUUCAUGCGGCUUUCCUUGAUGGUCACGGGUUACCGCUUGUGGUAAUGCCGGUGAGGGGUCCCGCCAAAGCUAUUUGCCGCAAAGGAGAGCUCCAUAUGGGGAGAGAGAGAGGGAAAGAGAGAGCUUCGUGGAAUUUCGGCCAUUAUAGCAAGGCCGCCUACUUGGACCAGCAUCUACUGGCAGGGUAGUCGGGAUUUGAUGAAGCUCGCCUUGCCUUGCUCGUGGAUUGGAUCAAAACCGUGGUCAAACCCCCAUUACCCGCAACAUUCCUGACCGCAUUAUUUGUUCUCUCUCUCACUCUCUCCCUCUGUCUCCCAAGCGCAACCACGUUUGCCCACGCGAAAUCCAGCCGAGUUGUCAUUUCACUACCACAGAUCUGGUACCAAUUUCGCAGCAGCCUCGGCCGCCAUCAUGAUGUCUGUGUCGCGAGUCACUUCGAGAGCACUGUUUCGCGCCACAGCCACCACCACCACCACCACCACCACCACCAGAUUGACAGUAUCCGCAAAACCAGUACCUUCGUCUCUUCUGGUGCAGCAUCGACGCCACAAGCAUGAUGUCUACCACCCACCCCAGGGCAACGCGCCCGUCAUUGGACGCAACCCACCUCCUGCGCCGCAAGAGGAGGCCGCUGCAUUGAAGGAUAAUCACCAAUCGGGUGCGUUUUUGGGCACGACGAAGCGUUUACCGGAAUUCUCGUUGGCGGAUAAAGUGGUGCUGGUGACGGGUGCUGCGAGAGGGUUGGGGCUCGUGCAAGCUGAAGGGUUGCUCGAGGCAGGCGCGACGGUGUAUGCGUUGGAUCGAUUGGCGGAGCCGAGUCCGGAUUUCUAUCGUGUGCAGAAACGGGCUGCGGAAGAGCUUGGAACUACGCUUCAUUACCGACAAAUCGAUGUCCGGGAUGUUCCACAGCUCAAUGAGAUUGUGAGGAGUAUUUCGGAAGCGCAUGGGAAACUCGAUGGGUUGAUUGCUGCGGCGGGCAUUCAGCAGGAGACGCCGGCGUUGGAGUAUACUGCCAAGGAUGCAAACACGAUGUUUGAGGUGAAUAUUACCGGAGUGUUCAUGACCGCUCAGGCUGUUGCGAAGGAAAUGAUCAGGCAUGGCAGGGGAGGUUCCAUUGCCAUGAUUGCCUCGAUGAGUGGUUCGGUAGCCAACAGAGGUUUACUAUGUCCUGCAUACAACGCGUCCAAAGCCGGUGUACUCCAGUUGGGGAGAAACCUGGCGAGCGAAUGGGGCCAGUACGGGAUCCGAGUCAACACCAUAUCCCCUGGGUAUAUCGUCACAGCUAUGGUGGAAGCUCUCUUCGAGCAGUAUCCCGAAAGAAGACGCGAUUGGCCGACACAGAAUAUGCUGGGCAAGCUGAGUAAACCAGAAGAAUACCGCGGCGCGGCAGUAUUCUUGCUCAGCGACGCCUCGAGCUUCAUGACUGGCGCCGAUCUGAAGAUUGAUGGUGGCCACACCGCGUGGUAAUGUGCGAUCCCAGCUGUCUCUCUUUUUUUUGUGGCGCCUCCUCUCCCGCAGUACUCGGUAUACCGUUGUGUGUGCGUGCGUGUGCGUGUGUGGAUAUGUAUGGUCCCGUAUAGCAUAAUGUGAUGUAGGCAAGGUAGGAGGGACCUACAUGGGGCUUAGAUAGUCCAUCAAAUUAUGCCUUCCAAGUGUCAAAUGAGUUAUUUCUUUUUCACCUCACUUCACUUCACUUUCCCCCCAUCUCCAUCUCCAUCUCCAUCUCUGUCAACCACUCUCCCUCUCUGCAAUUUCCCCCGAAAUCGUCUCUGAAACAACUCAUAAGAAGUAUAAAUCGCAAUCGGCAACGCACACAUGACCAGCGUAAAAUUCUUCGCGGCGCGUGAAUAUCGAGCAUCUAAUACCCCUUCUCUCACCACUCUUCGCGCAGCUUCAAUUCCCCGUUGAGGAUCUGGUGAAGAAGGGUAGAUUGGUUCUGGUUGUGCUGUUGUUGAUUUUGAUGUUGAUUUUGUUGUUGUUGUUGAUAAUGUUGAUGUUGUUGUUGAUGAUGCAUAGCGCCAGAGACGAGAGAAUAUUUCUUUGGCUCCUCCUCCUCCUCCUCCCUUUCCUUUCUUCUCGGUAGAGGUCGCGGAAUCUUCGAGUGCGUGGUCGGGAUAGCGCGUGAUGCGC